UUUUGAAGACGCACGUGUAAAGUAAACGAUCUGAUCGGUGUAACAGUUUCCCGCAGAAAAAAGGAUUUCAGGUUUCCACCAGUAAAAAUAAAUAUUUCUAACCUCAAACUUUGCAUCAAGUACGCUCGUAACUCGUAAACUCGUUAAAAUGACUGAAACCGAAACGAAGAAUGGCAUCAAGGAUGCUAACAAGACGGAGGAAGACGCUCCGGUUGCAACGACAGAGGAAGACACCACAAAUGGCGGAAACCGGCAAGAAGAAGCUGCCCCAGUUGUAAGUACGGAUGAUGAAGCGCCUGCGAAAGAAGCCUCCACUGAGCAUUUGACCAAAUUGGAAGCAUCCAUCAUUCGGCAACUUGAAUAUUAUUUCGGAGACGCAAAUCUAUCACGGGAUAAAUUCUUGCUAGAGCAAAUUCAGAAAGAUGACGGCUGGGUGCCGCUUGAUGUAUUACUAACAUUUAAGCGUCUUAAAUCAUUAAGCGAUGAUAAGAAAGUUAUCGUUGAUGCGAUUGAAAAAUCGGAUGAAGGUUUGGUCGAAAUCAGCGAGGAUCGCGAGAAACUGAGACGCCAUCCGGAGCGUCCGCUACCAGAGCAAAAUGAAGAAACGCGAAAGGAAAUUUAUUCUCGCACGGUUUACGUAAAAGGAUUUGCUUCCGAAGACGGAACUCAGAUGAACGAACUACUGGAGUUUUUCGAACCUUUCAAAAAGGUUACCAACAUAGUGAUGCGUAAAUAUCACGAUAAAGCUACCAAGAAAUAUUUAUUUAAAGGUAGCGUGCUUGUUACUUUUGCUACAAAAGAGCAGUGCGCUGAUUUUUUGAGCACGGAAAAACUCGAGUACAAAGGAAAAGAGUUGAUUCGCAAAAUGCAAGAUGAUUAUUUUGAGGAGAAAAAAUCCGAACGAAAGAGAAAGGACAAGAAAAAGCAGGAGGAAAAACUGGACAUUUCCCAUUUACCGAAAGGAGCAUGUGUUCAUUUGGACGGUUUUGGAAAGGAAACCAGCCGUGAAACUAUUAAGGAUACUAUUUUAAAACUGGACGAAUCUUUCGAAGUAGCGUUUAUUGAUUAUAAGAAGACGGACAGCAAUGGAGUUUUACGUUUUGCAAAUGAAGGGACGGGAAAAAAGUUCGUUGAAAAAUUAACCGAUGGCAAGAUAAAAAUUGACGAAGAAGAAAUCACUGUCCGACUGCUGGAAGGCGAGGAAGAAACUGAGUUCCUCAAAAGGGUGGUGAAAGACCAGCAGGCCCGACGACAGGCCAAUAACGCACGGAAUAAGGGACGUCACCAAAAACAGAACCGAAACCACGGUGGUGGUAAGAAGCGGAAGAACGACGAAGACGUAGAAGAUGAUGAACCAACAAAUAAGAAGGCAAAGGAAGCGAACGCCUAAGAGGUGUUUGCUUCCGGAUGUAUUAGAUUUUAAGAUCUCUCAAAGCUAUGUCCUUCAGACAUACACUAUAUGGAAAUGUUAGAUUUUCCAAAUAUACCUUCCUUUUAUCAGAUUU